CUCCGCCCGAACGCUCUCUUGGAAGAGCUGGAAAGGGCCGGACUGAGAGGACUUUCGUGCUAGAGAAGAGAAAUCCGGAGGCAGCAAGGCCGCCCUUGCUGGACGGUGCCGACUCCAGCCAUGCGGGUGCUGCUGUGUGCCUGCCUGCUCCUGGUGGCCUGCGCCUCGGACGCCGAGGUGGGCUCAGACGUGUCAGACGCCAGCUACCGCAUGCAGGAGCAGAUCCGAGACAUGUACGCCAAAGUGACGGAUAUCUGGGAGGAGAUGACCGGGCGGCGGGCGGCAGGCGGCGGUGGCCCGGACGCCACACUGCACGCCGCCUGCCAGGUGCGGCCAUCGGCCUCGCUCGACGCCGCGCAGCCCCAGGUGACCGGCCUUGUGCUCUUCAGGCAGCUGGCGCCCGGCGCCCGGCUCGAGGCCUUCUUCGAGCUGGAGGGCUUCCCGGCCGAGCCCAACAACGCCAGCCGCGCCAUCCACGUGCACCAGUUCGGGGACCUGAGCCAGGGCUGCGAGUCCACCGGGCCGCACUACAACCCGCUGGGCGUGCAGCACCCGCAGCACCCGGGCGACUUCGGCAACUUCGCCGUGCGGGCCGGCAGCCUCUGGAAGUACCGCCCCGGCCUCGCCGCCGCGCUCAGCGGCCCGCACUCGAUCGUGGGCCGCGCCGUGGUGGUGCACGCGGGCGAGGACGACCUGGGCCGCGGCGGCAACGUCGCCAGCCUGGAGAACGGCAACGCGGGCCGCCGGCUGGCCUGCUGCGUGGUGGGGCUGUGCGGGGCCGAGCCCUGGGCGCGCCAGGCGCAGGAACACGCCGAGCGCAAGAAGCGGCGGCGGGAGAGGGAGUGCAAGGCCGCCUGAGCGGGCCGAGAGCGCCCGUGCGCCCCCAGACCCCUCCGAGUCCUGCUGCCCCUCCGAGCUCCCCGCAUCCCCUUCGUGUGCCCCAAGAGCCUGCCCCCACCUCGAUUUUCUCCCUCUUCUCCCAGAUACACUCUCUACCCUGAGGUCCCAUUUCUGCCAUGGCUGAGGUCUCCCCAAAAGUCCCCUCUACCCUGAGGUCUCCAACCAGGUUUGCUGAGACAACUCCCUCGAUCAAAGGGCAGCCCCCGCCUUCGGAGCACUCCCACCCCGAGCUCUGAGAACCCGCAGAGGUACACCCCUCCAUUUACCAUAUACCCCACCUACCCUGAGGGUGUCCUAGACUUCUGAGGUCCCUCUCUACCCUGACACCCCAACCCUCACCCCCUGAGCCUUGAGAUACCUCUAUGCCCAAGGACCACCCUCCUAUUCCCCCACCCCUUAGAUUCCUCCUGGGCUCUCUGAGACCUGUCCUGAGGUUGCCUGGAGUCCCCACCUCCCCACCCACCACCAAUGCCUGCAGUUUGGUGCCCUGCCCAGUCUUCAGCUGCUUUCGGCACCGCCACCCUGCAGAGAGCAGAGACCCAAAGGAGCUGUUUGGCAAUCUUCAUGUUGCUCAUUAAAACUCAGCUGCUCAA